AUUACAGUUUCCUCAGUCCCGGAAAAUUGGCCCUCGUGAAUUCAUAAGAAACUUUCUCUAACAUUGACUCACUUUCAAGAUUAUUUAGAUGUGACAGGCAAUAAGAAGGGGUGAAACACUUAAACAAUUUGACGACUUUGAUAAAUAACCAGUGGACAACCGAGAACUAAUACUGGUCCAGCGGUAUUCGGAGCAUCAUGUAAGAUGACACCGUUGGAUUUGAAAGGCGCAGGGAUGUUCCUUUGACAUGUGGAAGUUACCUAUAGUAGCCUAUAGCUAGUCAUUAUUGUGCAGUCAUCAUUUCCCAUAGUGGACCAAGGGGACGCGAGUAACGUCGCUGGGGAUGGUCGAUCUUGUGCCUUUUCAUUGAGGGUCUGUGUUGGGCAUUUCUGGAUGUACUUUCCAAAGUAUUCAACUUAACUUUUGACUUUAAAAACGAUUGUAGGAUCAGAUUAACAGUGAAGCUGGUGUUGUCCUAGAACCGCAGAGACCUGAGUCUGGAAGGGUUAGGCAGUCUGGGAGGCUUACUGGCAGCAGGUUCUGAGUGUCUAAACCAUCGUGGAGGAGAGGAGGGAACAGUCAGUCAUGAUGAAUCCAGAGUGCCCCCAGAGUGCCCCCCAGGCCCCCCCCAGCCCUGAGGGCCCCCGCCACCAGACAGGCCUGGGGAUGCUCUGUCCCCUGAGCCCCAAACACCGCCCUGGGCCUGGUCUUGCAAGCCCUCAGGAGUACAGCCAAUGGCUGCCCUGCCGCCACGAGUCCAGCCUGCUGCCCAUGAAAGAGGAUCUGGCCAUCUGGCUCAACUGCAUUUUGGGUGCAGACCUGACUGCACACAGUCUGAUGGACCGGCUGGACAACGGGGUGCUGCUCUGUGAGCUGGCCCAGGAACUGCAAGAUAGGAUGAUAUUUGCCAGCAAUGAGAAGCCCUUCAUCCGCAGAGUUAUCCACUGGCGUGCUGAUGCUUCCUCCGGAUCCUUCUUUGCCCGUGACAACACCGCUAACUUCCUGUAUUGGUGUCGAAAGAUUGGCGUGGACAAGGCUUAUCUGUUCGAGUCCGAGGAUUUGGUACUCCACAAACAACCUCGGGAGGUCUGCGUCUGCCUGAUGGAGCUGGGGAGGAUUGGGGUCAGGUAUGGAGUGGAGCCCCCAGGACUGGUGAAGCUGGAGCGAGAGAUCGAGAGGGAGGAGGAGGCCAGGUCUCUAACCCUGUCAUCCCCUCUCCCCUUCCCCUUCUUCCCUCCUCCACUUCUCCCUCUCUCCCCACCUCUCACCCCUGACCCCACCACCCCGGUCUCAGAGACCCCUCCUCGGCCCUCGUCCCCCACGGCGGUCACAGCUGCCUCUCCCCACUCCACGCCUACGCCCCCCACCACCUCCUCGUCCACCCAGACAUCCCUCUCAGGCAGCCACACGAGCACCGCCUCCGUCUCCACCCAGACUCCCCUCUCCGCCUUCUCCAGCACCCACUCCCCCCCCUCCACAGCCACACUGCUGCCCCCCCCGAACCUCACUGCCACCUCCACCCCCCCUGACAAACCACUGCCUCCACCUUCACCCCCUCCCCCUGCCUCCCCUCCGUCACCCUCGCCACUGCCCUCGCCCUCUCAUACUCACCCCAGCAAGUCCUCUGGCAAGAAGGUCUCCACAGGAACUGGAAACCUGCUCGAUGACAUUGUGAGGAACAUCAUUGAGGACCCUCCUUGCAGCUGUGCUGCCAGAUUCCCUGUGGAGAAGCAGCCUAAAGGACGCUACCGUCUGGGGGAGAAGGUCCUGUAUGUACGGAUGCUGAACGAACGUCAUGUGAUGGUGCGUGUUGGAGGGGGCUGGGAGACCUUCAAGGGAUACCUGCAGAAGCACGACCCCUGCCGUGCCCACGGCCUCAUACGAACCGAGGCCAAGGCUGGUCGAGCCAAGGCGAAGGUCAAAACCCCCAACAUGAAGGACGACUCACCUGACAGCUACAUGGUCGUCGGAGCCCACCGGAGCAAAAAGGGAUUCAAAUGGUCAUGAUUCAAACAUGGAGCUUCUUGGUGAGAUUCAAACAUCUGCAUGGAGAUACUGAGUGAGAUUCAAACAUUUACACAGAGAUACUGAGUGGGAUUUGUUAAGUUCACCAUUGUGACAAAGUCCACAAACUUGGGGGGUGAAUCAGACUCACCCCAAAGAUUACUAACGCAGGUUCAAUAGUGACAUGGUGUCAAAGCUGGUUAACAGCACACAUCCAGGCAACUACAGGUCAGCCUGGAUGGAAACAUUAUUUGUAGAUUAGGUUGAAAGAUGAUUUGGUUCUAAGUAUACCCCAGAAUGGUGAUGAAUUAGUGUGUGUCAGGUGCGGAAAGAGUCAUAUGUAUGCUGUUACUUAUGACUGUGGUCAAUGGUCUAUCUUUUACGACUUUAAGAUUUCAAUAAGAUAUUGAAGGUUUUUCCAUAACAUGGUAGAGUAAAAAUACAUGUAUAGGGUGUAUUGUCUAGAAGCAGGAUGGUUGAAGGGAUCUAGAUAAAGCAUGUGUAGCCUGCCAGGCCUAACUUUAUCCCCAUGAGAUCUAUCUCUCUCUUUCCAAAUAUUAGAUUUUACAAAAAGAUAUUUUUAUAUAAUGUAGGACCUUGAGAAAAUAUAAUUGUUCUUUGAAUAAACAAGUCAUUUAAUCCUAAAU